AUGAAAUACUUUAUGCUUAUUCUGCCCUUUGCUCUUUCCUAUUCCUGGAUUGAGCAACUUUCAGUUGUUGGUCGCGAUGGACUUCCGCAGGGCCCACCAGGCUAUCCUCGAGGAAAUGUGAUUCGUUCAUCACCCGAGUUUAGUGACAGGCUAAUGAUCUACCUCCUCCCUGACUCUAAGACGCCGGAGUAUAUAUGUGCUCCAUCUCAGCGACGACAGGUUCAAACAGAAGGCAGCCCACGCCUCUAA